AUGCGAGCCUGGCCACACCUGCCCGAGCUCAAGGUGUUGCGCAAGCGUGCUCCAACCCGGAGUCGCGACGGCAAAGCUUCUCAUCACAGCCUGGUGGAUCCAUGCGUGCCUGGCCUGCGGCAGCAUCCAGUCCCCGUCCAGUCGGCUGCACAGCCGCAAUUGUCGACUACAUGGUGGAUUGCUUUCAGAGUUUGGCAACGGUUUGCCAGACAUUGGAUCAUUUUGUGUAGAACCAGAAUUUGUCUGCAUUAUUUUAUGCCGCCUCGGAGUACUUGGGGCUGCCAGCUAAGGUCCGGUAUGUAUAUAUAUAUAUAUAUAUAUAUAUAUAUAUAUAUAUAUAUAUAUACAUAUAUAGAUAGAUAG